AGGAAUUUCUGCAUUAUCGUCUACUUGGCACGCAAGCAAAGCUGCCUGGCUUAUGUGAUGAAGCAUCCAGCUCCCAUCUAGCCCCACGCGUUCUUUGGCUCGCUGGCAAGGAUCGGAGAGAAUACGCCACAUUGUACAUCCCACCCACAAACGUCUAAAGGUAUCCAGCCAUUUAGUUCAGAUCUGACAUGUGACUUUUCCAAAUCGAAUUAGCCAGGCUAGCUAAGUCUUCCGUGUUACCUAUCCGUCUUGAAGAGUGCAUUUAGCUGCGAUGUCAGAUCUUGCGCGGAACUUUGCAAAAUCGAAGCUCACCUCGCUACUACCAGAGCCCCCAUUGUUCGAGGACGGACGGACUGGAGGGCCCGAGGAUGACGGCGAUUCGAGUUCAGCCUCGUCCAUGUCUUCGACUGGCACUGUUGUUCCAUCUGGACCGUACAAGCCUGCGGUUGUCCUACCCUGGUCGGACUUCUUCGCACAGGAGCUAUGGCUUGAAGACACGAAUGCAAAGUAUCAUGCCUAUUUUUCACCCCCGGCAACAGAUAAGGCACCUUUGAUUGUGCUACAUCAUGGGGCUGGGUCGAGCGCGAUGUCGUUCGCAUUGUUUGCUGUCGAAUUGAAGCGGUUGCUACCUGAGGCUGGGAUACUUGCGGUUGAAGCGCGAGAGCACGGGAGCGUCGUCUACACAGACACGGGCGAAAUCGACGAUGAUCUGUCCAUCGCAAAAUUGUCUUCGGACCUGCACCGCAUGAUCCUUCUCACCGCUUCCAAACAAUCGUGGGCAGUUCUUCCACGGCUGCUCCUUGUCGGCCACUCGUUAGGCGGCGCGGUUGUCACCCACCUCGCCUCAAACUGCCCGUCAGAUCUGCGCUCUAAAUUGCUAGGAUAUUCUGUUUUAGACGUAGUCGAAGGCUCGGCAAUGGAUGCCCUUAAAAGCAUGAAUUCGUAUUUGGCGUCUCGGCCUUCGUUAUUCACGUCUCUAGAUCAGGCAAUCACAUGGCACAUUCGAUCUAGAACUCUACGAAACAUCGAUAGCGCAAAGGCGAGCGUGCCCAGCCUCUUGAUUGACGACGGAGCAGGAAGGUGGAAGUGGCGGACGGACUUAAGUAGAACUGAGGCCUACUGGCAGAACUGGUUCGACGGAAUGAGCAAGAAGUUUCUCAGCGGGAGGGGUGCGAAGCUAUUGUUGCUCGCAGGAACCGACAGGUUAGACAAGGAAUUGAUGAUAGGACAGAUGCAAGGUAAAUUUCAGCUACAGGUGUUUCCUGCUGCUGGCCAUUUCAUUCAAGAAGAUCUUCCUGAUCGCACGGCGGAGGUCAUCGCCGAGUUCUUCAAACGCAACGACCAGAGCGCUCUGGUACUUCCUCCAAAAGUGUCGGAUUUGCUUGCUCAGGGCAAGAAGGUAUGAUUAUCUCGUGCGGGAGUUGUGCAACAAGCAUCACUCUCCUGAAAAUGGGCAGCAAAGUCACGAUGCCUUCAAGUAGCCUGCACCUCACCGCAUUUGGAGGUUAUUCUUCCUGAUAUGGGUAGAGUCUAUAAAUGAGCCACAUAAGACCAGGACUUGGUCAUUGUAUAGAGUUCCGACAUUGAAAAUAAGCAGAGCUACAGCUCAACCAUCGGAGUUGUUCG